AUGUUAUGUCCGAAUCUCGAAUCCAUUGCCAUCACAUUUCAUCAUACCCGAUUAGUUGCGCCACCUGUAGCUCAACAUUUACUAGGAAAUAGAAACCCAUCUUUGCCAGCUCAGAGGCCACCUUUACCAUUACCCAUGAUGCUAAGACAACGACAACAACAACAACAACAGCAGCAGCAGCAGCAAGUACAGCAAGCGCAACCUCCAGCGCCAAAGCCUUUGCCACAGCCACAGCCUCAACAGCCAAUCCAGACUCCAAGUUUACCUCUAGCCCAUUUCGCUCACAACUGCCUUAAACUCAAAUCCAUCCGACUGGUAUCCUACUCACCAAAGACAGAUGAUUCCGUGUACGAAAUGGCCAAAUUUUUGACAUCAGGGAGCCUAGAAUCCAUCACAUUCAGCAACUGCUCGACCAUCCAAAGCUCAACGCUAUGCAAGCUAGCCAUCACCAAUCCACAGAUGAAGUGCAUUGAAAUCAUGGGCAGCACACCUAUCAGCGACUCCAGCUUGGCCACCUUGGUAGAUCGAUGUGGCUCAACACUUGAAUACCUCAGCAUAGGCAACGCUCAACAACUCACUGACAAAUCAAUGCGAUACGUACCUCUACGGUGUAAAAAACUACGACAAAUUUGUAUAUUUAACAAUACAGAACGAGUUUCUGAAGAUACCCUUACUGCCAUGAUCACACAUUGUCCUACACUGCAGACCAUUAGCCUCAGUGAUUCUCGAUGUCUAGGCUCAACCUUCUUCAAUUCUGUUGUACAACGUGUAAAUAUAGAGAUGGCAAAUAUUCUGCAACAUCAAGCGCAUGCAGGAUUUGGAUUACAGAGAUUAUGUCUAGGUGGAGUCCGAAGAGAGAUGAUUACAAGUAAAUAUAUGCACGAACUGAUAGACAAAAGUGCCAGUAAGAAUGAUUUGCAGACGGCCAUGGAUGAUCAAGACGAUGAAAAUGACGAUGUCGAAAAUCAAUUAACUCAUAUCAUUGAUACUACCAAGUUUAUACCAAAAUCAACUGUCAUAAGAGGAAGCACUGUGUGGUGGCAAAGACGUCGCUUGAUCACGCCUUCUACAGCUUGA